GUGUGAGAGGGGGUCUGAUUAAUGUCAUUUUGGGGUGCAUAGAACUAAAUGAAGUUUCAGAAGUCUCAAGGCACCAGGCAGUGAGAAAAAUUGGCAAAAGGAAACCACUUAAGAUUUAAGAUAUAUCUGUUCUGAUCUGUUUACCAGCAUGCCUGUCAGCCAUGCAGCUGCUGCCCAUGUGUGGUCCAGAUAGCCACUUGAACCAGCCAGUGUCACCUUGGUCAGCCUGCGGUCAUGAACUGCUGUGUGAGGAUCAGCUGGCUGGUCGCCGCCCAUCCCGUCCUGCUGCCGCGCCGCCACCUGACGGUGGCCGGCCUGCGCGUGCGCCACCAGUACGACCCGCCGCCGGCGGAGAGCCUGCGCUGGUUCCCCGGCCACAUGCGCACCGGCUGGCACCAGAUGGAGGCCAAGCUGCGGGCCGUCGACGCCGUCAUCGAGGUGCAUGAUGCGCGCGUGCCCUUCUCGGGUCGCAAUGCGCGUUUCGAGCAGGCGCUGGCGGCCCGGCCGCGCCUGCUGGUGCUCAACAAGGCCGACCUGGUGACGAAGGAGGACCAGCGGCGCGUGGCGGCGCGGAUGGCGCGUGACGGCGCUGGCGACGCCCCCGUGUUCGCCUGCUGCCGAGACCAGGCGGACGCCGGCUUGCGCUCGCUGGCUCGCAGGCUGUCUGCGGUCAUAACGGGCUCGGAGCGGGCGGCGCGCGCCGACCCGCGCGAGUUCAACUGCAUGGUGGUGGGCGUGCCCAACGUCGGCAAGUCGUCGCUGAUCAACGCGCUGCGUGGCCUGCACCUGCGUCGCGCCGCCGCCGCGGCGGUGGGCCCGCGUGCCGGCGUCACCCGUUCGGUGACGACGCGCGUCAAGGUGUCGGAGCGACCGCUGAUCUACGUGCGCGACACGCCGGGCGUGCUGGAGCCGCGGCUCAGCCCGCCAGAGGCCGGCCUGCGGCUGGCGCUCUGCGCCGCCCUGCAAGACCACCUGGUCGGACCGCACCUUCUCGCCGACUACCUGCUCUACUGGCUGAACAGGCGCGGCAACCACGCCUACGUGUCGCACAUGGCGGUGGCGGCGCCGACUGAUGACGUGGCGCGCUUGCUGGCUGAGAGCGCGGCGGCGCGCGGGCGCUUCCAGCGCGUCCGGGACGUGGCGCGCGGGGCGGUGGUGCGCCGGCCCGACACGCACGGCGCUGCCCUCCACAUGGUGCGCGGCUUCCGCGCCGGCGUGCUCGGUCAAAUUCUGCUGGACGAUGACCUGCUUGAGGAGCCGGCGGGGGAGGCGGCCGGUCGACUCUGAACAUUGUCGGCGUGGUGUCUGUGCG